AUUGAUGUGACGGAGAUUGCAAAGACCAUCGAGGCCACCACGGCGGAUCUGACUGAGCGGUAUUUGGAUACCGACAAGCAGUUUGGUGGCGAGGGCAAGUGCUGGCUGGUCGGCUUUCUGAAGCUGCACGGGCAUGGUGGAGGCAAGAAGGUCCGUGUGAGAGGCGUGGACGGGGAGGGACGCCCAGUGAACCAUCUAUACACCAUGCACGAGCGGAAGCUCCCGGGGCACAAGGUGGGGAGCGGAUACGAGGAGUGCGUGAAGCUGUGCCGCAGUUUUGCCCGCGAUUGCGUGGACAAUCUCAAUGAGCGGCUUGAUGACCUGGGGAAGCUGGGGCCGACGAAGCUGUUUCGGGCCGGAAAGUGGCCGAAGAUCAAGGCACAACGGGAGAAGAAGUGCCGUGAGUGGCUUCUGGGAUGCAGCAAACUCUUCCGCCACCAGCUGCCGGGAUUCGACCUCAAGGCCACAGAGAGGGAGCUUCCCACAUUCUGUGCGAUCAUGGAGGCGCACCACGAGCUGGAAAGCUUCACGCAGGGACUGACCAACAUUCUCGGGAGCGCGGACUCGAAGAGGUCUAUGAGGAGGAGGCGCCCCGCAAAGAGCGUGAAGCUUGCUGUGGCUGAUCGCGAAAGGAGGGGGAAAGCAAAGAAGGGUGAAGUCGAAGCAGGAGCUGCCCACCAAAACGAUGGGGACGAGGACGAGGAGGAGGAGGUGGAUGUGGAACAGGCCCUGGGCGACGAUCAGGAGCUUGUGGGGGAGGAGGAGGAGGACAAUCCCUUCCUUUCGGACGAUGAGGAUGUGGAGGAAGUGUUCCACAUCGAUAGGCCUGUGCACUAG